UUGAGGAAGAAGAUGUUGGUACACAAUAUUAGCGAUAAUGUAAUCCUACCUUCUGAUACUGCCCAGGAGACCACACCAGUAUCUACUCCAGCUAGCACAGAAUCGGGAAAAGAAACUACAGACAUUUUUUCCGAUGGUCUAACUAUUGAUGAAACCUUGUUAUCAAAAAGUAUGGAUUACACAAUGACGGAAGUUGUCUCUAUUCAGGACAUGAGAGACAUCAUAGAACAGCUACGAAUGGACCUUGCCACAACACAAAAUGAACUUGAAAACAUUAUUCUAGACAAUAACGACCUCCGUUCACAAGUGACCAAUCUUAUCAAGGAAAAUAACACAUUAAAGGCUUUUCUAUCCAAAACACCACCAAAGAAAAGUAAAUCAAAUUGUAGCACCAAAAAGAAAAUUAGAAGUUCCCCACGAUAUUCAGAUGUAAAUAUAAUAGCCACACCGCCCAGGGCAUUCAGUGACAACACGACAGAGGAAUUCUCUAACAGGAACAUCCUAACCCUCGAGCAGAAUCUUAAAGAUCUCGAGCUGCAACUGAAGUCAGCCAAAAAUGAAAUAGCGGACUUUAAUAUUCAAAUCAUAACCCUUCAAAAGGUAGUCCAAGCUAAAGAAUUUGAAGAAUCCUCGCUAAUUCAGCACACGAUUAAUUUAAACUCAGAAAUUGAUAAAAAAGGGCAGCAAGCUAUUAAUGCAUUCGCGCAGUAUUUCAGCUCAGUUUUUCAACCUGAUACUCCAUUGUUAAAUGCAGAGGCAGCGGAACGCGAUGCAAUGUACGCAGACUGUGUAACCAAAGUCAGUAUUAAUAUUAUUAAAGCUUCAGAUCUACGAUGGGCAAUACGCCGUCUUAAGGCAUCGGCAGCUUGUGGCCCUGAUAACAUACCUUCGUUUUUAAUAAAGACUGUAUGGCAGUUUUAG